GAAGUCAUCAGUUAUAGCAUAGAGAGAGUGUUGCGCCGUGAGCGGAGAGCGAGAGAGAGAAAGAGAGUUGCUCAACCGUGAAACUUUGAGACUCCGUCAGUAAUAUAUGUGUAUAAAAAGCGAAUUUAAUUACCUUUUUCAAGACGAAUUUCUGCGACGGUUCUAGUUAAAAUCGUGAGAGAUGCCGCGGAGACGCGGACCUCCUCCUACAUACCGAAUCCGAUAAAGUUGCGCUCACGCACCUGGACACACCGCGCGCUUUCCACCGGGAGUUACACAAGAUACAAAUGCAGAGUGGAUAAGCCACGUUUCCAGCGUGUCAACAUUUCGUCCCACUUUCUAGCUUUAAUCUUGAUUAGUGGUGAAGAAGAACUAACAACUGCUUUUUUUAUUGCUAUGAAAUCUGCGCGACGGACGGAAGACUAACCAUUUGUACAUUCCGAUGAAAUGUUCUACACCGUGUGGAUAGCGAGCUGCCUUGCUCUCUUUUAUCGGCUUCAAUGAGGAUCUUUUUGCAGGAUGGUGGUGUUGCCGAACUGGCCCAGGUGUUUUUGGGCCAUUGUAGAUUUGCCUGAGCAGAGUUGCGGCUUGUGCACGCUGUAGAAAGCGUGCGUUGCAACACAUUUUCGGCGCAACGCGUCUGUCGAGGACAUUACCAUUGGCGAGACAAAGCAUCGGUACCUCGGUUACUAUGCAAUUGCAACUAAUUCCCAUUGUAUUGAUCUUGCACUGGAUGGAGUACGCAAACUGUCAGCAUCAUACCUCCAGGCACCGGCAGCACGAUCGAGGUACGGGAUGCCAGGCAGGCUGUCUGACCUGCUCUGCUUCAAAUGGCUGCCUGACAUGCAUGCCCAGGCUCUUUAUUCACCUGGAGAGAGACGGCAUGAGGCAGAUUGGCGUGUGUCUGGCUUCCUGUCCCAAGGGUUUCUUUGGCACCCGCUCACCUGAAAAAAACGACUGCUCCAAAUGUGGCUCUGAAUGUGACACCUGCUUUGACAAGAAUUUCUGCACACGCUGCAGAGCAGGAUCAUAUCUUCACAAGGGGAAAUGCCAAGAGAGCUGCCCAGAUGAUCUAGUGCCCAAUGACAUCAAGAGGGAGUGUGUUGCGCCAUGCCCAGUGAACUGUGAGUCCUGCCUGAACAGUGACACCUGUACAAGGUGUAUAUCAGGUCAUUAUCUUCUGCAUGGACAAUGUCACAGCACCUGCCCUGAGGAGUUUGAGCCCAGCGAGCAGUCGAUGGAGUGUAAUCCUAAAGUGCAUUGUGAGGUGGGAGAGUGGAGUGAGUGGGGGCCAUGUUUGCGGAUAGGGAAAAACUGCUUUGGAGAAGAAAGCCGCACACGGAAAGUUCUGCAGCCCCCCAGUCCUCGGGGCAACCCCUGCCCUUCCAUCUUAGAGAAGAGAGAAUGCCUUGUUAAGAAAAAGAGAUGUGGAAAAGGAGACAAAGGCACACGUAAAGGAGAGCGGAAGAAUCGUAAUAACCGAAAGGAGAAGACAAACAGUGAAGGUCGGCGAGAGAGGAAAAGAGACCGAGAGCGGGAGAGAGAGCUGGGCACUCGGGAGGACGAGAACAAAAAUAAAACCGAACAACGUCGCAAAAGGACCCAGAGCAGAGACACUAUAAUGGAAUAGAGAGGGGCUGCAUGGUGAUCCUCUUAAAUAACCCUCUUCUGGUACUCCCGCCCCUCUGACCCUUAACCCCUAACUGUCAGGGGUGCUGCUGCUACCUGUAUAAUUUAAAUGUAUACUGUAUAUGCACAAGAGAAAGGAGGCAAUGAUCGGACGAGUGAAAUGAACAGUGAACCUAUCCCUUCUUCCUUCUGGCUCAACGCCCUGAAUGGACAUCUGUUGCUCAUGUGGCUUAUUUCUCGUGCAGAGGAGUCUGGCAUUGAGUUGGGAUGACAUUGAACUUGCCGUAGUGGAAUGGCACCUUUAUGAAACAGCAGGCUGAUGACAUGCUGACUCAGACGCUGCCCUGGUACAGCAUCGCUUUGUGGGUUGAAUGUAGAUUUGUGUGACAUUAUGUAGAGUUGCUGUUGUAUAAACGUCUAUCUAUUUUUUUUUCUUGGCUGAGUAAAUUAAAAGCAAGUAUGCUGGAAGGUGUCAUGGACAUUGCCUGUUGAUAAAGCUAAGACUGCAUAGUGGACUGGUAUAAACCCACUAGGUAAGAAGACAGGCUGCUGUUUUACUGGAUAAAGAGGUAAUGGUUCUCCCUGCUUUUUUUUAAUUAAUCGUUGUUUAAUGUCCUCCAAAUAAGGGGGAAGUUUGCCUGUCUGUAGUCGCAGAAUCCAAGCUUUCAAUUAAGCCAUCUGACCAGAAACCAAAAGCACCUGUAUGUUCAAUAAAUAACGAUGUUUGUAUG